AUGGACUCGACCCUAUACCUCCCAGAUAUCCUACAGCUUCCGUCUGGCUUGAAAGUCGAAGCUCAUUUGACCCAGCCUCAACACAACUCGAUUAAAGGCACCCGAAAACUAGCUGUCUGUUCACACCCCUGGUCACGGCUAGGUGGUAGCAUGCACGACCCAGUUCUGGUAGCGCUCGACGAACCCUUGUCGCGACUAGGAUACCACGUGCUACGUUUCAAUUCGCGAGGCGUAGGCGGUUCCUCUGGUUGGGCGUCAUGGACGGCCUUCCAGGAAGGGAAGGAUCUCGAAGAGCUUGUACAACACGUCGCGGAGAUGCUGGGUGGGGUUCAAGACGUAGCUUUAAUUGGAUAUUCGAACGGAUGCUUGUCGACGUCUCUUCACCCGGUACUCGCAUCGCCAAUACGGACCUCCCACGUCCUGAUAUCCUACCCUCUGGAUGUCAGAGGCUGGCUGACUCUCUUCAAUGGGCGUCAAUUCCAAUCACGACUCGAGGAGCUGGUGUGGCGGCCCGACUCCCGGAUGCUCCUUGUCUUCGGUGACAGAGACGAGUUCACAGGCGUAGCAUCUUACGAGAAGUGGUCUGCGACCUUGCAAGAGCUCGCCUCUCCUGAUGCAACGACAUCGGAUGCCAGUCAUCUGAAGGUCGUGCGCGUGGAUGGUGGAUCGCAUUUCUGGGGCGGUCGGGCGCUUCGGUCUUUGCUCGCUGCUAUCGAAGGGUUUUUACGAUGA